UCCUUCCCGGCGACCAAAACCAGGAGGAGGGGCGGAGCCUUAGCUGCCGCCCGGGCGAUCCCUCCUUCCCGCCCGGCCGAGCCGCCGGCGUCUCCGAACACGAUCCCCGAGCUCCUCCUCCAGCUUCUGGUCGUCGACGCUGUCUGCUCCAGCUGGUUCCCUUGGGUAGAUAUUUUGAGGAGCAGAGUAAUGGAAGCAGGAGUAAAGGAGGCUGGAAGGCUAGUGGACCUGUGGAACGAAUGGGGGAUACAGAUCCUGGUUCUUGUAAGCUUUACGUUGCAAGUAUUCCUCCUCAUUUUCGGGGGGAUCCGCCGGCGUAGCUCUUCCAAUGCACUGAAAUUCUUCCUCUGGUCUGCGUAUCUGUUGGCUGAUUCGACAGCAAUAUACACACUGGGCCACCUAUCCGUCGACGAUAGGUCGGACGAGCACCAGCUGGUGGCGUUCUGGGCACCAUUCCUCUUGCUGCACCUUGGUGGCCCAGACAACAUCACAGCAUAUGCACUUGAAGACAAUACGCUCUGGCUUCGCCACCUGCAAACACUCGCUGUGCAGGUCCUAGGAGCUGCAUAUGUGAUAUACAGGUACGUUGCCGACAGCGUGACCCUGCUUCUGCUGGCGUCCAUCUCCAUGUUUGUCGCUGGUUUUCUCAAGUAUGGAGAGAGGAUAUGGGCGCUCAACUGUGGCAACAUCAGCAGCAUCACCGUCUCGAAAUUCAAGCCUAACCCUUAUCAGUUAUUGAGCAUGGGUACCAGUGAAGAGGAAAUUCUGCUUGGAGCCCACUCCCAGUUUGAUAUCUGCAAAGGUGUCUUUGCUGAUAUCAUAAUGUUACCGAAUCCAUCGGUUCUUUCACAAUCUAAACCACGGUCUGUUAUAUCUUACAUGGGGGAGGAUCUAUACAAGUUGGUCGAGAUGGAGCUGUCUCUGAUGUAUGACUUACUGUACACCAAGGCAGCAGUAAUCCACACAUGGUAUGGCUUCUGCAUCCAUUUCAUUUCGCUGCUUGGCACAGCCAUCACGUUCCUGUUUUUUCAAAUCAUGAUCCGUCGAGAAAAUGGGUACAGCAGAGUAGAUUUGAUUAUCAGUUAUAUUUUGCUGGUUGGGGCUUUGGUCCUGGAGAUCAUAUCAGUGUGCAGAGCUGUACUAUCCACCUGGACAUCUUCUUUAUUGCACCGCAGGGGUAGGGGAUGGGAGUGGCCUCUCCAUAUUAUCACUUCCUUUAGUCGGCGUGUCCACCCGGCAAGUAGGAGACUGUGGUCUGGCUCCAUUGGGCAGUAUAACUUGUUCCACCUGUGCACCCGCAACAGGAAUGAGAUAGGAACCAGACUGGCAAUGAAAUUGGGGCUCCAGGACUGGUGGAACAAGAAGCACUUCUCGGGAACUUUCUCACACACCAACUCUUUGUCAAUACAAGAUCUCAAGAAAUUGGUAUUGAAAGCGCUGCAAGACAAAGAUCGAGCACUUCAAGACAAAGAUACUGAUUUGGACUCAAGGGGUAGUUUUGUACUGAAAAGUAUGGAAUCAUAUGAGGACUUCGCUCGCUGGAGCGUCAACAUUGACUUUGAUGAGAGCAUCCUUGUUUGGCACACCGCAACCGAGUUGUGCAUCAGGAAAUCCAAGGCCAAACAUGCAAAAUAUCUUACUGAGGCUACCGAGGUGCUAUCCAAUUACAUGAUGUUCCUGCUGGUGGUAAAACCUGACAUGCUACCUGGAGCUGCACGCAACAACGUACACCUUGCCUCCUGUGAACAAAUAGAAGGACAGUGCCAUGUGUGCUUUGGUGAUAAGGACAACCCAGUGGCAGCAUCUCCCAUAAGCUGGCAACCAUACUAUAUUCUUAAGGAAUUGUUCCACCAUGAUGGCCCCAAUCCCUCCAGGAUUCCACAGAGGGAGAAACUUGCGGAGAUGGUGUGGAGUUUCUCCGAAUUUGCACUGGGAUCUGUAAGGGCACCAAAACCACAUGGGGAAUCCAUCCGUGACAGUGCCAAUAUGUAUGCAGUCUUGCUCGCCAACGAGCUUCUCAGCAUAGAGUUGCGUUGGCAUGAGCAGCGUGACCUUUUUGAACUGAUCUUAGGGGUGUGGGUGGAGAUGCUGUUGUAUGCCGCGAAGCAUUGCAGCCAAUUGUCCCAUGCCAGGCAGCUCAGCAAUGGUGGGGAGUUCAUUACCAUCGUGUCAUUGCUGGCACAUCACUUCAAGUACUACUCUGGAGUCUCCAGGGGCAUCAACAACCUUAGUAAAAAUAACUCUAUAUGUGAAAAUAAUAAGCCCAUAUGUGAAAGUGAUGAAAAGUUGGUUUAGAUGAAUUUUUCAUUGUUUUCACCACAAAGGUCCAUGUUACAUCUGAAAUGACCCUCCAUAUAUAGUUUAGGAAAAACUGAGUUCGCCACUUGAAUAAAACACAAUAUAGGAAUAAUCUGUAAACAAGCAUAUAAAAUAUUGAUGGGAUUCGUAACGACGCAUCGAUGAGGCUUCAAGAUUGAUCUUGUG